AUGGCCGGAGUUUGGGUGUUUAACAAUGGUGUAUAUCGGCUCGAAAGUAGUCCCCGGGCUCGGGUUCUGGUGCACUUGCCAUCUGGUGAGGUCGUGUCGUCGUACUCGUCGUUGGAUCUCAUUUUGAGGGGCUUAGGGUGGGAGAGGUACUACGGGGGUGACCCUGACCUCUACCAGUUCCACAAGCACUCCUCCAUUGAUCUCAUUUCCCUUCCUAAGGAUUUCUCCAAGUUCAGCUCCGUUCACAUGUACGAUAUCGUCGUUAAGAAUCCCAACAUCUUCCACGUGCGUGACAUGUGACUGUGACCGUCACGCUUACUCGAUCACCAUCACA